AUGCGCCCCCUCAAGGAUGCCGAGCUACAAAAAGUCACAGAGAAACUAUGUAAAUACAUCAAAGAUGUUUCUGUGCUUCUCGAUAGAGAUGAUGAAAAAUAUUGUUUCAUGCUCCAUCGAGACAGAGUAUUCUAUUCCAGAACGUCCCUUGCAAAGCAUGCUGCUACAAUUACUAAGAAACAUAUCGUCAGCUUUGGCACAUGCAUCGGUCGCUUUUCGAAAUCUGGACAAUUCAAGAUACAUAUAACAGCCCUGGACUAUUUAGCUCCAUAUGCUAAAUACCGCGUCUGGCUAAAACCGCCUGCAGAACAACAAUUUCUCUACGGUCAGCAUGUUUUGAAAUCGGGCCUUGCCCGGAUUUCCGAGGACACCCCACAAUACGCUGGUGUAGUUGUCAUGAAUAUGAAUGACGUUCCAAUAGGAUUUGGUGCUACUGCAAAGUCCACAUUGCAGUCCAAAAAUACCGAUCCAAUGACCAUAGUCGUUUUCCAUCAGGCUGAUGUGGGAGAAUAUAUCCGCAGCGAGGACACACUGUUGUAA